GUCUGCUUGGUUUUCUUUACAGAACAGCAUGGUGCUCUCAGCUGCUAUAUUUAUCACUCUGAUUGGCUUGAUCGUGUACCUGCACUUUGUGAAAAUUGACCAGGAGUCCCUGUUAGUCAUUGGCUCACUUGGCAUCCAGAUGACCUCAUCCUAUGCUUCAGGCAAAGAGAAUACAACCUUCAUUGAAAUGAGCCAGGUGAAGGACGUAGUCAUCAAUGAGGCCAUCUAUAUGCAAAAAGUUAUCUAUUACCUGUGCAUCCUUCUCCAAGAUCCUCGGGAACCUCAUGGGGUGUCUGAGGUGGUGCCACUGUUUCAGAGCUCCAAGCCACGUCUAGACUGUCUGGUUGAAGUAUACCGAAGUUGCCAAGAAAUCCUGGAGCAGAGGAAGACUUAAAACUUCACCAGAACUUUAAACUAAAAAGCUCAUCAAGGUAGAAAACUCACAGCAAACUAGGAUAGAUUGUAUAUUGCAGUUGUCCUUCACUAGAUGAUGCAUGUAGACUGUGAUCCAGCAGCAAGUGAAGUUGUUACUAGUGCCCUUGCUGGUGAUCCACUGUUAUGGAAAAAAUUUCAGCCCAUGCACAAAAUCUAUCCCUGCCAAGAUGAUGAUGUAAAAGUUAAUAAUAAAUUUACUUGGCUGCCCAAAAUAUUAACGCAACUCAGAUUAGUAGAAUUUUUCCAAGACUGGAGCCUCAGAGAUGGGAUUUCCUUCCCCACUGCCCACCCUGCCAACAGAGGGAAGGGACUGGGUAUGGGAAGAUCAUGCAACAAAUUUAUACUCCUUUAAUAAAUCCUGAAACAAAUUCUGGUAAGCAUACAAUACAAUCUUGGCUAGAUUGCCAAUAAACCCACAAAGGACAAACAAACCAAAUGCCCUAUAUAGUGAAUAUUUGUGUUACAUUUUUGUUGUGAAAUUCUUUAAACCUUUUGUUUGAAAAAGGAGGUAUCGUCCCUAAAUAGGCCAAAGCCAAGCAGAUGUGCAAAGAGGACAGCUCUGGUUCUCUGGUCUGAGGAGAGCGAAGAGAAAGGAAACUUGCCCAGGAAAAUGCCAAACUUGUGUGAUCAUUUAAUUGUUUUCUGGACAGUUUACUGGUUACUUCGUUUGGAUAGCAAAGGCCACCUAUAAAUGUCUGGGACUCCUUGCGUGUGUGGGGAAUCUUGCCACUGAUAAUAUAGUGUAAUGCGAAUGUGUGUAAAUAAAGUUUUUAGUGGCUUGUGCCCUUGGGAGUA